CCCAGUAACACACAUACCUGACCGUUCAUGAACGAUCGCUUCUUCUGGAUGUAUGGACGAGCCCUUGACGCGCACCUUCGUCUCACCAUAAGAGCUUAAGCGUUCAUCGAGUCCUUUCGCUGUUGGCGCUUUUCAAGGUACCAAUUACAUUGAUUAAGGAAAAUGAGAGCCAUACGCAUUUUAUUCGUAUGUCUUGCAACAUUCAGUUAUUUUGUCAACGCCAAACCUAAUGUUGAAGAUGGCACAUUACUCGAAGAUGGUUACCAUUACCAGAAAUCGAACUCAAAUUCAAACUCAAACAGCUACAGCCAAACUAAUGAUCACAAAGAAGAACUACAAGGAAUUAUAAAUGGCCGAACUUUUAAGGGUGAAAAGAAAUCCGGUUACAGCACAAGUGGAGCCAGUCAUACUCAUAGCAGUUCCUACUCAUCUGGUUCUUUUACUAGCAAUGUCCCAGCAAGUCUCUUAAGUGAUCUGGGCUCUAAUGAUCCAUCGCAGUCCAAUAUCGCAAUUGGAUCAUAUCCAGGGACCGGACAUCUCAAUCUUCAAAGCUCAUCUGCAAAUAGUAAUCAAAAUACUAUAAAACCAGCAAAACAAGGGAAUCAAACAUAUUGGUGGUUAUCCGAGAAUAGUCCAUUCAAACCACAAGGCGGAUGUACUUCGAAGAGCUGUUAUGUAAGUGGAGCUGCUCCACUUGGUGGGGCAGUAGAAACAACAAGUAGUGCCGUUGCCAACGAGACUAAUACUGGUUCAGUUGCCGCACUUCUAUCUGCAGGAUCAAUCAGCGCAUCUAAUCCAUUUUUAAAUACAUCACACGGAAAACACGGGACGGUAAAUCUUGCUGGCUCUAUAAUUGCAUCGGGUGAACAUUUUGGAUCACACGGUGUAUCUAGUGCUCAGGCAAAUGGUCUUGGAGAACAAUAUAAUACACAAGGAGGAUUUGGAUCAACUAUUGGAGGACCUAUAUCAGGUUUAACAUACAAUGGACAAAAUCAUGGUGGAUAUGCGGGAAUUGGAUCUCAAGGGUCUGUCCAAAGUACCGUGGGUGGACAAAUUGGGGGACAAAUUCAAUCGAGUAGCCAAACUGGUUUUGGAGUGCAGGGGGCUAAUUCAGGAUUGAAUCAAGGUGGAUUCGUUAGUGGAUCUGGUGCACAAGUGGGCAACCAAGGAUAUGGAACUCAUACAGGAUAUGGAGGUCAUUUAGUAUCAGGUUCCCAUGGAGUUAGCGCAUCUAUUGGCCAUGGGUCCAGCAUAAGUCAUGGUGGCCACCACCAUGUUGGACAUCAUCAUGGUGCACAUGCAGGAAUUGGUAGUACAGCUACGAGUCAAGGUGGAUUGGUUAGUGGAUCUGCUGCACAAGUGGGCACCCAAGGACAUGGAACGUAUGUAGGACACGGAGGUCAUUCGGUCUCAGGUUCCCAUAGCGUUAGCGCAUCUUUUGGUCAUGGAUCUAGUAUAACUCAUGGUGGACAUCAUCAUGGGGGAUAUACGGGAAUUGGAUCUCAAGGAUCUGUUCAAGGUACCGUGGGCGGUCUAAACGGAGGACAGGUUCAAUCAAAUACCCAAACUGGUCUUGGGGCGCAAGCAGGUAGUACAGCUACGAGUCAAGGUGGAUUGGUUAGUGGAUCUGGUGCACAAGUGGGCAACCAAGGAUACGGAAUCCAUACAGGAAACGGAGGUCAUUUAGUCUCAGGCUCUCAUGGUGCUAGCGCAUCUAUUAGCCAUGGGUCCAGCGGAACUCAUGGUGGCCAUCACCAUGUUGGGCAUCAUCAUGGUGCACAUGCAGGAAUUGGUUCCCAAGGCGUUAGCGCAUCUUUUGGUCAUGGAUCUAGUAUAACUCAUGGUGGACAUCAUCAUGGGGGAUAUACGGGAAUUGGAUCUCAAGGAUCUGUUCAAGGUACCGUGGGCGGUCUAAACGGAGGACAGGUUCAAUCAAAUACCCAAACUGGUCUUGGGGCGCAAGCAGGUAGUACAGCUACGAGUCAAGGUGGAUUGGUUAGUGGAUCUGCUGCACAAGUGGGCACCCAAGGACAUGGAAACCAUGUAGGAAACGGAGGUCACUUAAUCACAGGUUCUCAUGGAGUUAGUGCAUCCGUUGGUCAUGGAUCUAAUGUAAUUCAUGGUAGCCAUGCUGGAAUUGGUUCUCAAGGGUCAAUUCAAGGAAACGUAGGUGGACAAAUUGGUGGACAAGUACAAUCUUCCACACAAAAUGGAUUUGGAGUACAGGGGGGUAAUUCAGGAUCGAGUCAAGGUGGAUUGGUUAGUGGAUCUGGCGCACAAGUGGGCACCCAAGGACAUGGAACGUAUGUAGGACACGGAGGUCAUUCGGUCUCAGGUUCCCAUAGCGUUAGCGCAUCUUUUGGUCAUGGAUCUAGUAUAACUCAUGGUGGACAUCAUCAUGGGGGAUAUACGGGAAUUGGAUCUCAAGGAUCUGUUCAAGGUACCGUGGGCGGUCUAAACGGAGGACAGGUUCAAUCAAAUACCCAAACUGGUCUUGGGGCGCAAGCAGGUAGUACAGCUACGAGUCAAGGUGGAUUGGUUAGUGGAUCUGGUGCACAAGUGGGCAACCAAGGAUACGGAACCCAGACAGGAAACGGUGGUCAUUUAGUAUCAGGUUCACAUGGUACAACUGUAUCUAUAGGCCAUGGAUCUAGUGUAACUCAUGGUGGACAAGCAGGAAUUGGAUCCCAAGGGUCUGUCCAAGGUAGCGCGGGUGGACAAAGUAGCGGACAAGUUCAGUCAAAUACCCAAACUGGAUAUGGAGUGCAGGGGGGUAAUUCUGUAUCGAAUCAAGGCGGAUUCGUUGGUGGAUCCGGUGCACAAGUGGGCAGUCAAGGAUACGGAACCCAUACAGGACAUGGAGGUCAUUUAGUCGCAGGUUCUCAUGGAGUUAGUGCAUCCGUUGGUCAUGGAUCUAACGUAAUUCAUGGCGGACAUACUGGGAUAGGAACUCAAGGAUCUGUUCAAGGUAUCGUUGGUGGACAAAGUGGCGGACAGGUUCAAUCGAGUAGCCAAACUGGGUUUGGAGUGCAAGCAAGUAGUUCAGCAUCGAGUCAAGGUGGAUUGGUUAGUGGAUCUGCUGCACAAGUGGGCACCCAAGGACAUGGAAACCAUGUAGGUAACGGAGGUCAUUUAAUCUCAGUUUCCCAUGGCGUUAGUGGAUCUCUUGGACAUGAAUCUAGCGUAAUUCAUGGUGGACAUGCGGGAUUUGGAUCACACGGAUCUGUUCAAAGUACCUCUGGUGCACAAAUCGGAGGACAAGUUCAAUCGAGUAGCCAAACUGGUUUUGGAGUGCAAGCAAGUAGUUCAGCAUCGAGUCAAGGUGGAGGAUUCAUUAGUGGAUCUGCUACACAAAUAAAUGGUAUUAGUGGAGAACACGUAAACGAUUAUAGCAGUCAACUUCAGGGUUCUGAAUUGAAUAGUAAUGCUGGAUCUGGAGGUCCGGUUAUCAUCCAGAGUAGUGUGAAUGCUAUAAAUGGUGCCCAUGGAGAAAUUAUAAAUCAAAGUGAAUUUGGUGGACAGAUUAAUUCGAGUUCUGCUGCACUUGGUGUUAAUAAUAAUGGAGUGAGUGGAUUCGGUAUUUCUUCCAGCCAUAGUGAAAUUGUCGGUUCCGUAGGUGUCGAAGGAAAUGCUCAAAGUAGUUUUACCAUUUCUCCUGGUUAUAAUGUACUUGCCGGAUCUAAUAUUGGAAAUGCAACUAGCAAUCAAGCAAGUGUUAUUGCAACAGGACAAUAUUCUGAAAAUCAGAAACCUGUUAUACCACUUGUAACUGGAUAUAGUAUUGACUGUAAUGGAGCAGGGAAAAUUUGUGUUAGCAAACAUGAAUGCAUCAAUGGAUAUGUCAGCUUAAUUGGAAUUACAGAAGUCAGUCAGAAGGUCAGUAAUCUUGUUUAUUAA